ACGUCUCUCUUCUCUCUCUCUCUCUGGUCUCUGUGGAAGAUGAGUGGAGUGUCUCUGCCAUGGAGAGUCUCUCUGAGCAGCUUAUCCUGCUUCAACAGCAGCGAUGCUUGUCCUUUCCUUUUCCCCGCGCGACGUCGUUUCCCUCUCUCCGGCUCCCUCGUCACAUCUCUUUCCCUUCCCUGUUCUUUUUCCGGCAACGGUGCGGCUAUGGUUGUCGACGACAAUCUCCACGCUUUCCUCGAGGUUCUUCCCCAGGAUCUGCGUCAUCGUCUUCUCAACGAUUUCCGCCGAAACCUGCUCGUGGAGGUGGUAAUGGACUUGGGCAGGCCACCAGAGGCACGGUAUCUGGGUGAACCCGGAGGCCAGUAUCUUAGGACCACAGAGGUAUCCAUGGAAGAGCUUGAGCAUGCUCAGAAGCUGGUUGGUGAAUUUGGGGCUGAUAAUAGGGCUGGAAUCGAAGGUACGUUGCACAGAAUAUCUGCAAUCCGCAGUAGGAAAGGCUCGAUCGUUGGCUUAACAUGCCGGGUUGGAAGAGCUGUGAGUGGACAUAUUGACAUGCUCUACGAUCUGCUUCACUAUGGAAAAAGCAUCUUGUUUGUUGGGAGGCCUGGGGUUGGCAAGACUACUGUCCUGCGAGAGAUUGCUCGUGUCCUAUCUGACGAAUUCCAGAAAAGAGUGGUGAUAAUCGAUACGAGCAACGAAAUUGGAGGGGAUGGCGAUAUUCCCCACUCGGCUAUUGGAGGUGCUAGGAGGAUGCAGGUUCCCAAGCCAUGUUUGCAGCAUAAGGUCAUGAUCGAGGCAGUAGAGAACCAUAUGCCACAAGUCAUAAUCGUUGAUGAGAUUGGCACUGAAGCCGAAGCUCUUGCUUGUCGCUCAAUUGCUGAAAGGGGAGUCAUGCUCAUUGGCACAGCCCAUGGAGAGCAGCUUCAGAAUAUCAUAAAGAACCCUACUCUGUCAGACUUGAUUGGAGGAAUUGAGACUGUCACUCUGGGAGAUGAAGAAGCCCGGGCAAGAAGAUGCCAGAAGAGCAUUCUUGAGAGAAAAGCUCCACCGACUUUUUAUUUCUUGAUCGAGAUGAGAGAGAGAGAUUAUUGGAUUGCACAUCAGACAGAGAAGAGUGUUGAUAUGCUACUCCGCGGCAGGAACCCGAUGGUUGAGGUGAGGAAAAGAGACGAGCAGUUCAAGGUAGUAAUAGAACGAUGGAAGGCAUACGAUGGACAAGGCAUCUGAUUUCUUUCUUCCUGGUGUUCCGACUUGCUUCAGUGCUCGAUUUUGGCAUUGCUUGAGUGUGUCCUUCUGGAACAAUGGCUUUUCGGUUGGACAAGCUUCUGUCUUCCCUGUCUUGAUGGAAGUCAUACUAGUGUUAGAUAAAGGUGUCUGGUUCAAACCAGUGAAUGAUGUACAUGGAGUUCCCAAAACAUUGGAACAGGUUGAAAAAAUUUCUUAGUUUGUAUUGUUCUCUCCAUCAAAGCGCUUGCUCAUACAA